UUAAACGUUACAUUACGUUGUGGGCGUAAAUGGUCCUUGUAAUGGCGACCGUGCCGUUGAUGUGCCUAUGUUUGUGAAAAUGAAGCGGAGAAGAAGUUAUUUCUUUUAAGCGAAACACCGAGGUUCCCGGCGGAGGAACGACUUUGCGUCUACAACCGUCAUCUCCACACGCGGUUAAACGAAGCUGUACUUUUGGACUUUUUUUUUGGCGCUCCCGAAAUGAUGAAGCUCAAGUCCAACCAGACCCGGACGUACGACGGGGAGGGCUACAAGAAGCGGGCCGCCUGUCUGUGCUUCAGGAGCGAGUCGGAGGAGGAGGUGCUGUUGGUGAGCAGCAGUCGGCAUCCUGAUAAGUGGAUCGUUCCUGGAGGGGGAAUGGAGCCCGAGGAAGAGCCCAACGUUGCCGCAGCUCGAGAAGUGUGUGAAGAGGCCGGUGUGAAGGGGACCUUAGGUCGCUUAGUUGGAAUAUUUGAGAACAAGGAGAGGAAACACAGAACCUACGUGUACGUCCUAAUUGUCACAGAAGUCCUGGAGGACUGGGAGGACUCGGUCAACAUUGGGAGAAAAAGGGAAUGGUUUAAAAUAGACGAUGCCAUACAAGUGUUGCGGUGUCACAAGCCCGUUCAGGCCACCUACUUCGAGGCUCUCCAGGAGAGUUUCCUGACCAGUAAUGGAACACCGCUCGUCACCACGAUAGGCGGGGACCUCUCACCGACCUACAGCAUCAAUCAGAGCUCCGUCUCGGGUAUCAGAUAACUAAAACCACAACUCUGAUUCCCACCCCCCACCCCGGAGCUUUUUGCCACCACUCGCGCUCUUACUUGUGUCACUUCUCUCUUUCUCCUCACCUCUGUUCUUUCCUCUCUGCUGUUUUUUUUUGUUUUUGUUUUUAUUUUGAUUUUAUUUCGUUCCAGUAACAUGGUUUGCCUUGCCAACUCCUUUGUGCCAGAAUUGUGGCGCAGACUUGAUGACAAGUGUCGGGUGAAUAGUCUGAAACACUUUGUAAAUGUAAAUGUAAUUUUUGAUCCCUGUUUUCUCUUCUUUUUACAGAAAAAUGCAUGAAGUAUCCCCCCCCCCCCCC